GAUGGGAGACUUGGCUUCACCCAAAAACCUCUAUGCUCUCAAGACUUUCAUUAUAGACGAAACCGGAAUUAACUCAUAUGAAACACUGCAGACGAUCCCAGUGUUCGUGGGCGGCGCAGACGAAGGGGAAAACAGACAGUUUAAGUGGGUGAAUGGAGAAGCCAUUAACAGCAGCAACUGGGCACCUGGUGAACCCAACAACAAACACAAUUCUGAAUUUUGUGUCGAGAUUUUUCUUCACUCACACCCAUCACUUAACGAUGAAUCUUGUGUGUCGGAGCGGCAAUUCGUGUGUCAAUAUCACCCACCUAAGACAAACUAAUAACAAAAGGGCAUAUAUACCUAGAAAUGUGGCUACAGAGAGCCAGAAGUUAACACUUGAGGGCGAGAUGACGGCAGGACGAGUGGCUACAUAUUUUCAAGAUGAAGUGAAGUUUUAUAAAUGAAUUUUAGUGAAUCAUUUACAUAAUUCUGUAUUCAAACAAUUUUUACAAUUAUGAAUUAGAUCAAUAUAAUAGCCCCAUUAGUAUAAUUAUAGUCUCCA